AUGUUAGAUCCAGAGGAAGAAACAGAUAUCGAAUUCACAGCACCUUCUACCGAGAGUUUCGUAAAUGAAAUAGAAUAUGAAGUAGAAAAUGAAGUUUUCGGAAGUCAAUCAAAUGAUUCUUGUCCUCAAAUCCCUGCUGGAGGUAUGGAAUGGCUUCUUCAUGUCUGGAAUCCUGAUCUAGGAUGGAAAUCGGAAACUCCUCGUGCAAUCAUAGCAAUGGCAGUUAACGGGUGGCUUGACAAAGACGAUGUAACAAUUAAACAAAUGGAAUUGCAACUAGAUUUGGAAAUAACAAAAUUUCUGCUCAGGUCUGGCAAUUUUGCUUUGGAGCCUACACGGUUAGCAAUGUACAUCCAGGCACUAGUAGCUUUGAACAGGAAUCCUAGAAACUUCCAUGGAUUCGACCUGGUUGAAAGACUUCUUUCAAAUGUUAAAGGAUCGAGACUACUUCAUCCUUUUGUGGUGCUGGCACUCUGCAAUGUCCAAGCAGUAGAUUAUGAACAUUUGAAAGCCAUUACAAGAUAUACGCAGCAUAUUAAUAUCGAAGACAAGAACAAUACAGAAUUUAAAUCUAUUGCACUGAAAGCUUUGUCCUGUGCAAACAGUCUCGGAAAACAUUUCGACUUCUCUGGAUUUAUUAAAACAGCUUAUGAUUGUCUAAUGAAUCAACAAAAGCCAGAUGGAACUUUCGGAAACAUUUACACAACAGCUCUUGCCAUCCAAGCUUUGAUUGCUUGUAAAACUGAUAAACCAUGGAAGAAGGAAGAUGCGUUAAAUAGACUAAGGGAGAUGUCUUUAAAAGAGCAGAGUGUUUAUGGUGUCUACAGUGCAGAGCUGGCUUUGAAAGCAGACAUAUAUCCAUUUGUUAAAGACAUUCAUCAGCAGCCUCCAUUCAGUCCUCCUCAAGCACUACAUGGAAAUCGCAUUCAUUACACUUUGCGAAACGACAGACGUUCUGAGGUAGAACUGACUAUCUCUAUCAAUGUCCCGGAUGGUUCCACUUUGUUCGAUCUCAUGAGCUCAAGUGCAAACGCAGAUGCUAACUUCAAAUUCUCUUUCUACUUGGAUUCGGACGAACGUCCUCAUAUUUUCGAAGUAAAUGGAGUUCCGAAUGAUGCCGAAGAAAACUUCUAUUGGAGACUUUGUCGACAGAAGCGAAUGCCUGGGAAAAGCAAUGGUUCUAUGCUUCAAACCGUACUUAAUGCACCUACUGUGGAAAAAGUAGACCCGGAGCAUCAUAUAGUUCUGUGGUACAGAAAUGCUAACUGUGAAGUUCUCAACAGCCAUUAGGGAUUUUGAAAACAGAUGCCGACUUGUUAAUACUUUGUUAAAUAUUUAUUGACAAUCGUUGA